AUGGAGAAGGAGGAGAUCCAGUACAAGCCGGUUUUCGAGCCGUUUGCUAGUCAGCCAUGGAGCCAGUACGCACACGGCUCGGGGAACAGUGCUCCGGGUCGGCCCAAGUCGGUGUCGGGGAUGCCGCGGAUCACGCUUGCGCUGCUGCGUGACACCUUCACCAUCACCACCUGGCUCUUGAUGGGCGCAAGCCUGCAAUGUGCUGUGGUCGCCAUCUUUGGUGCUGGUCUCUGGGUGGUGGCGCUUCCGGUUGGCGUGCUGGCACUGCGCGUGCUCAGGGCGCUUUUGCAGACCUCCGAUGUGCUGCCUAAUCCGCUGAUGGAGGGCGUCAUCCGCGGCCGAACCAUGUGCCACUUUCCCGACGAAGACGGAGUGCACCGGGAGGGUCCUUCGAAUCGGCCGCUGGCGGUGCUGUUGAUUUCGGCCAAGUGCAACCAUCCGCUGGGCAUGCUGGGCCCUGGCUUCCGAGAGGCGGGCGAGUUCUUCAAGCAGUGCGUGGACUGGCUGGAGGAAGACUCGCAUGCGCGCGGCUUCCUCGGCAUGACGCAGUGGCUCAAUGCGGCGGACCGCACGACGAACAACGAGCUGCUCUCCAUCGGCUACUUUCGAUCGGUCGAAGAUAUCCAUGCGCUUGCGCACCACGCGGUGCAUCGUGCGCCGUGGAAGUGGUGGAACGAAUCGCUCAAGAAGCUGGACCACAUUACGCUCACGCACGAAAUCUUCUCGGUCGAGGCUGGCGGCUGGGAGAACAUCUUUUUGAACUCCAAGCCGACGCAGCUCGGCACUGCUGUGGUCAAGGGCAACGACGGCAAGUGGCGCUCACCGCUCGUCUACAUCCCGCGCAGCUUGGGAUCGUCGUCCAAGCGUAUGCGUCGCGACCAGACCGAAGCCGAGGCUCGACGCCAACAAGAGACGGAUGCCAUCACGGGCGAUGCAUACUGA